ACAAGUUCCGUAGUCUUUAGAUCAUACGAAAACAUGGCUGGUAUUUAAAUGAUCACCAGUCCUGAUCUCAAUAGAACCUUUCGUCAAACUACAAAUUGUAACAGUAAAAUCUGAUGGAUUAUUUUUAUGUAUAAAUCACCUCAUCGCUAGAAAUCUUGUUAAUUUACAAACUUUCGCUUUUCGUUAACUCCACAAAAAAAAACAAUGUUCCUUGCCGAAUGAACAGAAUGCAAACUAGAGCUCAAAAUUACAACUGAAACUAACAGCCUCAGCAUCUUUGAUGGACACGUUUAAGAAAAGACAAAAAUAGCAACACUUAGAACUACUCGAAUUCAAGAGCUUGCUAAGACCAAAAGCACAUGCUAUGGGCUAAAUAAAGCUGCAGUAUGUGGGAGUACAUCAUUAACAGGAGAACAGCCCUUAAAAAGAUGAAAACUCGAAGUGUCAGUUAUUCAGCUAUGUUCAUAAAAGUAAUUGGCACAAGCACGGUAUAUCAGCUAUUUACAGACUCUUUGAGGGUUCUUCUAAGAUUUAAAAUCACUUCGGCAAAUCCUCAAGACUUUAAGGAAAUAAAACCUUUUGUAUUACUUGUGACGAUCACCCAUUUAUGUCUUUCAAGGAGUGCACUUUGUAUUCAUAGUAUUCUUAUAGAAGACAAGUAGCAGGAUCUUAAGGGUGGAGGCGGAACAACACAAAAGCUUUAACUGUGUGCAUGCUUGAAUAAUUAAGGGGAAAAAGGACUAAAAACUAAAAUCAAAAAUGUAGAUUAAAAAUAGAUAAGACCAAAUGUCUGUACUUACUUGCACUAGCUUCUGUAGCUUUCAUCUGAUAACAAAUAGUCAUGACAAUUGUACGAGAUUAAAGUUAAAUUUAAAAAGACGCAAACGCAAUAUAAAUAUUGACAUUGCUAUUACACUACAGAAAGAAAAGAACAACAUAUCAAAUCCCGUUGCUUUUUGUUGCUCUCUUUUAUUUUCAAUUUACCUUUAAAAUGUGGGUGAGUUGCUCGACCUUUUUAAUUAUUCUUAUCAACAACCAAAAAAAGCCACGGAGCUUUAUUAAAUUUACAAAGUUAAAGAAAAGUAUCUGCCAGUUCAACUUGCUGAACAGCGAAAGAUUCUCUCACACGUUAAAAGAAGUAACGUAGAGAUUGAAGAAAAUCUAUAUCACAAAUAUUAAAACGAAAUCAGACUUGGCGCAAUUAAUUCUACACUUUCCGUGUGCAUCGGUCAGAUUAUUUGCCGGAUGUUGACUUUGCUCACAAAAGAGUCCAUUUGGUACAAAGACAAAAAGAUAAAAGAUUCCAGGAAACCUAAGACGCUAUGAAACUUGCGUUUAAAGUGGGUUCUUAGUUGGAGGUUGCAGUAAUUUGAUCGAAAGCCAUUAUGAUGCUAGUACUGAAAACUUCCCUUUAGGCUUUCCUUAUCGCAUUCCCAAGGAGCCACCUUGUCAUCGUUCGAUCAGAGAGCAAACAAAUAGAAGCAAACAGUCUGCGAGGAGGCGUACUUGAUAAAUUCGACAUACAGAUAAGUAGUCAGAUAAAAAUGAACGUUUCUCAUGGUAGGACAGCUACUGAUGUUUCAUCGUCCGCGAAAGGGCUUUGCACUGGUUGUAAAUAUUCACUGACUCGGUACUGUUGGUGGAUCAGAGAGCUGAAGGGCUUCACGUUUGGGUCCAAUAUACUCAACUUACUGGCUAUCUCUGUCGACCGACACGAGGCCUUUUUCAACUCUCUCCGUUAUGCCUCUAACAUGACGAGAAAGAGGGUGGCUUACAUCCUGACAACGCGAGAAAUAUUUGGCAACACAUGCAGUAAAUUUGAAGAGCAAGCAUGGCACAUAGACAAAAUUUACACAAAUAUUCUCAUGUUCAUUUUUGUCAUCAUUCCCUUCUUUUUAUUGUUGGCAAUUAAUUUUAGAGUUCUGCACGUUAUUAAGAAAAAAGGUUCAACGAAUCCUAGCGCUAAUUCCUCCAAUCCACACAGACGUGCAGUAAACAAUGUUAGAAAAGUCAAAGGUAAUUUGGCGUGUGUCGUUGUAGUUUUAGUAUCUGUGUUAUGUUGGCUUCCUCGUGUCUUUCAUAACAUUUCUCUUCUCUUUCCCCGCGAGGAUUUAGUCAGUCCAAUACUUAUUCAGUUGUCCCUGUUUUUUCUGUUCCUUCAAUCGUCAUUGAAUCCAUUUAUUUACUCGUUUUACCGAGCGGAGUUUCGGUAGGCUGCCAUUCGUU